UGGACGGGAAGUAGUUCUCGAGCUGCCAGAGGAAAACAAAACAAUGCGUACAAGUCCAACCUAGGAGUCGAGGAUUGCGAAAGUGAAGGGAAAAAUGUCGCCCAUUCCGUCCUUUAAUUAUAUAUAUUAUCGACUUUUAUUUUAGCGUUAUAUUAUGUCGACUGUCAGCGAAUUGUCUGUUAUUUUGCGAGCAGAACUAGCCGCCAAGCUAAUGUGGACAGCGGCCUAACAAGAUAAACACACAUUAACCUGCUCCGGCUGUUAGUGUGGAAUAAAGCUGCUCUCGUUUGGGGUGCUUUUAAAAAUGUCGUCUUUUAUGUAGACGUUCGCUGGACUGUCACACAACCAGGUGGAAGUACGUUAGAGCAAUAUGAGUUGGUUCAACGCGUCACAUCUGUCGAGUUUUGCCAAACAAGCUUUGACAACUGCUCAGAAAUCUAUCGACAGGGUCCUGGACAUUAAAGAAGAGGAGUGGGGUGACACUACCGGACAGAACUUCCCUGAUCCACCAGGCAAGCCAGCACCUACGGGAUGGGGAAUGAACCAGUGGAACUCUCCUACUGAGGAACAAACCACGAGUCCCCCUCCAUCUUCUGAGGCCAUCACUACGCCUGUCACACGAACAGUGGUUGAUGAAUCUGAGGAUUUCUUCAGUGCCUUUUUGCCUCCUGGGGAUGUACAAGCUGUAAGCAACACUAAAGUAGUGUCUGUGGCACCUGCCAAGUCGAACCGCAGACUACGGGAAAAAGCAGACAAGGAGAAGGAGUUGGUGGACAAUGACUCACAAUGUCAGGCAGAGCUCAGUAAAAGCAUCAGCCAGGAAACAACUGAGAUAAAGCCAGCUGGGACAGAGCUUUUAGAGCAGAAUUUAUCCACUGUGGAAGAGCAGAUGCAACCAGAACUGGUUAUUCCUGCUUCAGUUGUUGCACCAGAACAAGCUGUAGAACUGGAGGCGAUCGAGGACCAAACAGAGUCAGAUGGUUUGGUUAUAACUUCAGACGUUCCACUCACAAAUGUACCUUCAUCUUCCUCAGAGGGUGAAUCUGUUGAUUCGUUUGAUCCACCUUUGAACGUCGAGACCAAAAAUCCAGACAAGACCCUGCCUGUCCCUCCUAAAGAAAUCCUUUUAGAAUCCAAAGAUGCUAAAUCAGAGGACCGACAAAGUGACACCCCGUCUCCUCCUGUUAGUGCCUUUUCUUCUGGAACUUCCACUACCAGCGACAUCGAGGUUUUGGACCAUGAGAGUGUGCUAAGCGAGAGCUCGGCCAGCUCCAGACAGGAAACAGCAGAAGCUAAAGCAGGUCUGCACCUGAUGCAAGGCUCAUUCCAGCUUCUCUCCGCUUCAACAUGCAGCGACUUCCCUCGUCUGGAUGAAUACCCCAAACUCACUGAAAGCUGCGGCUCCUCGUCUGAUGCUUUCGAGCGCAUUGACUCGUUUAGCGUGCAGUCGCUGGACAGCCGCAGUGUCAGCGAAGUGAAUUCUGAUGAUGAGAUCCCAGGGAACCGUACAUUGGCCUCCAUCACAGCUGGACCUUUGCCCGCUCCUGCUCAGUCUGUGCCACAGACCAAACAGGAGGAACAGGAGGUUAUGAUUGAGUCAAUGAAUGACCAAUCGCUGGAUGAUAAUGAGAUGGAGGAAAGUGGCCGCAGUGCAACGCCUGUGAACUGUGAGCAGGUAGAUGAGUUACAGGAAGUCGACCAGGAACCUGAACCUGACCUCACAAUGUCCAGUCAAAAAAUCGAUGAACAUGAAACUGGAACACCACUGAGUACUGAAGAAAAGCCUAGAGAUUCACCCUUCCAGAUUUCAGAGCUCCAAAAGAUUAUCGAGGAGCUUUCUGGCAGGUUAGAGAAGAGAGAAUCACAGUUGCUUGUGGUCAGUAAAGACAAGGCCAGGCUUGAGGAGGAGUGUGACAAUCUCAAAGAUGAGAUGAUCAGCUUGAAGGAAGAAAGCUCUUCUGUACAGUCUUUAAAAGAUGAGUUUACCCAGCGCAUUGCUGAUGCAGAGAGGAAAGCUCAACUCUCUUGCAAAGAGAGAGACAUCGCAAAAAAGGAAAUUAAAGGCCUCAGAGAAGAACUGGCUAGCAGGUUAAACUCAAAUGAAACUUUGGAACUGAUUAAAGAGAAAGAAGAACAGAUUCGAGAGCUUCUUGAAGAAGGUGAGAAACUGUCCAAGCAGCAGUUGCAGCACUCCAACAUCAUAAAGAAACUGCGUUUGAAAGAGAGGGAGAGUGAUGCACAGAUCACCAAACAGACCAAAAAACUGAAGGAACAGGAAGAAGAACUGAAACUCUUGCAGCAGGUUAUGGAUGGAAAGGAGGAAAUAGAAAAGCAGCACAGAGAGAACAUCAAGAAGCUAAAUGCUGUGGUGGAGCGGCAGGAGAAGGAACUGAGUAAACUGCAGACAAGCAGCGAGGAGCUUCAGGAAAAGAGCCGCAGCCUGCAAGCAGCUCUCGACAGCUCCUACAAGGAGUUGGCUGAGCUCCACAAGGCCAACGCCUCUAAAGACAGUGAAGCGCAGGAGCUUGCACUGAGCAGAGAGGUGCAGGCUAAAGAAGAGCUGAGUUUGGCUUUGGAGAAAGUCCAAGAAGAUUCCCGCCUGCAACAAGAGGCACUGGCUAAUCAGGUGGCUGAUCUGAGGGUGGCUCUACAGAGGGCUGAACAGCAGCAGGCUAAGAAGGAAGAUUACUUGAGGGAGGAGAUCAGUGAGUUACAGCAGAGGAUACAAGAAGCUGAGACCAGAAACCAGGAGUUGAGUCAAAGUGUAACAUCAGCAACACGGCCGCUCCUUCGACAGAUAGAGAACCUUCAGGCCACCCUUGGGGCUCAGACAGCAUCAUGGGAAAAACUAGAGAAGAACCUUUCUGACCGUUUAGCUGAUGCGCAGGCUCAGCUUGCUGUUUCAGUAGAGAAAGAGCGUUCAGCUACAGAAGAAUUGCUAGCCAUGCGAGCACAGAUAACAUCUUUUGAGUCCCAGGCCUCUUUGUUGAGGCAGGAGAAGGGGCGUCUGCAGGGACAGCUGGAUGCAGAGAGGAUGAGGAGGGAAAAACUGGAGGAUGACUUAAGCAGGGAACGUGUAGAGCUGGAGAAUCUUAAAGGGGAAUAUGCUCGAGUAUCAGAAGACUCCAAGAAGGAGAAGUUGCUUCUCACCAACCAACUCGAAAUGGAGAAAAUGAAGGUGGAACAGGAGAAGAAGAAAUGCUACCUUGCACAAGAGGCCCUCAAAGAGAAGGAGAGGAAGUCUCUCAGUCUGUCUGUGACUGAUGCUCCAGCAUCCUCCACUCCUUCACUGUCCCGCUCCAGUUCUGUUAGUGGAGCUGAUCAUGCUGGAUUACCUUCCUCCUUUUUCUCACAGCAGGAGGACUCGCUGGACCAUUCUUUCAGCACUAUGACCAUGUCCAUCAGCGGGACUAACCUGUAUGAAGCGGCUCGUCUGGGUGGUGGAUCCAGUGUCCUUGAGAGCCUACAGUCUCAGCUCAAGCUUAGAGAGGGCGAAAUCGCACAGCUGCAGAUGGAGAUUGCUAGUCUAGAGAGAAGUCGCACUGUGAUAUCAGAGGAGCUGGUCCGAUUGACCAAUGAGAACGACGAGAUGGAGAGUAAAGUGAAGGAAAUCCCUAAACUGAAAGUGCAACUGAAGGAUCUUGAACAAAGGCACAACACAAUCCUGCAGAUGUAUGGCGAGAAGGCAGAGGAGGCCGAAGAGCUGCGUCUGGACCUUGAGGAUGUGAAGAACAUGUACAAAUUACAAAUAGAUGAACUGCUGAAAAACCAGAAACAAUGAACUCUGCACAUGGACUUGCACACUGACUGUAAACAGAGCUUUGCAGUGGAAGGCGUAACUGUGCUUCUCAUCUCCGAGCGUUGGUAAUAAAAGACCAAGUAAUUUAAAUGCAUUUCUUUUUUCUGAGAAAAGAGUUUGUUCAGCAUAUUUCAAGGGUCGUCGAUAGUUAUUUAAGAUGUGAUUCCUCUCACGGUUGUGGGAUUUUACUUUUAAAAGAUUUCGCUCUCAGUUAAAGGGAUAGAUUAUUUAAAAAAAUGAAAUGUCUGUCAUCAUUUACUCACUCUCUAGUGCUUCUUUCUUCUGUUAAGCAUUAAAGAAGAUGUUUUGAAGAAUGUUUGAAACUGGCAGCCAUUGACUUCCACUGUAUUUUUUCCAUUUAUUGAACUCAAUGGCUACCGGGUGGCUUCCAACAUUCUUCAAAGUAUCUUCAUUUGUGUUUUACAGAAAACAGAAUAAAUGAGUGAAUACAUUUUCAUUUUGGGUGAACUAUCACUUUAAUAACCCUGUUUGGUUUAAGAAAUGACAUCACUUUCAGUGUAUUGGUGUUUAGUUGUGGUGGGGUUUUUUUUAACACUUGAAUUUGCACAGUGAAGUAAGAAUUCAGACUUCAUGCGUUUGGAUUAUGAUCAUCAUAACUGAAUUGCUAAAUCGAUCUUCAUCCUCUGGGCAGGUGGUUUACUGCAGGUGGUUUACUGUUGAAGUGUCUUCUGACAUUGUGAAAUAAUGUAAACCUGUUGUUUUAGUUGAUUCCAGGGUACCGCACAUCCUUCAACAUGCUCAAGUUAGUCCAGCUCAAGUUAUACAUUAAGAUUUGCACUCAUUUUAACCUCAUCUCUCACUGAAUGAGUUUUAGUGAUGAGGAGAUCCAGGAAAAUCUUUUACUGUCAUAUACUCAGAGAUCGUAACUCUGUGAUGUCACUGUAAGAUACCUUUCCUGUGUAUCUGCAGUUUUAUGCACACAUGUAAAUAAAGUAAGAAAUAUC